AUGGGGCAGCAGACAUGCUGUGUUGGGUUACAACAAAUCUUGAUUGACAAUUCAACCAAUAAUGUUAAAACUGCUUACCGGACAACGAAGAUUAACAGGAAUAAAAUCAGCAACAACUUCAAUAUCACUAUCACUAUCAGCAUUUUCUGUUGGAGCCCCACCACCAACACACCUACGAACACGAGCCAGUGCAUCCUCAAAGAGCUCUCCUUCCGACUCUUUCGGAAUAAUGUUAAGAACCUAAGAAGAGAAGGCAUAAUUAAAUCAUCAUACCUGCUUCAAAGUGCGCCUCUUGACAAUUCUAACUCCCACGCAGAAAACGCGAGCAUCACAUCCCCCUAA